AUUUUUAUUUAUUAUGAAUUUUUUUGGAUCCAAAAAAGCACCAGCUCCUCAGCCUGCUGAAAAAAAUUUAUAAUCUAUGUCGAAAGAUGAAUUAAGAGAUAAAUAAAGAUCAAUGAAUAAAGAAUUAUAAAGGGAAAUGAGAGAGAUUGAAAGGUACUGAAUUAAUUAAAUUUUAAAAGGCAAAAUUUUUAAAUUGAUUAAGCAAGGAAAAAGGCAGAAGAUUUACUUCAAAAAGAAAUAAAGAAAGGUGAUAAAGCUGACAAAUUUAUUAAAUAGACUUACGCAAAAUAAGUCAUUUAAUGUCAAAAAUAAAAAGAGAGAAAUGCUUUAAAUAAAGGAAAAAUUCAAAAUAUUAUAUAUGGUAUAGAUAAUAUGUUUGCUAACAUUAAAAUGGCUUAAGCUAUGGGAACUAUUUCAAAUGUUAUGAAAGAUAUUAAUAAGUUAAUGAAUGUAAAGGAGAUAUAAGCAACUAUGUAAGAUUUAUAAAAAGACAUGAUAAAAAUGGGAAUUGUUUAGGAAUAAAUGGAUGAUGCUAUGGAAAAUAUGAAUGAUGAUGUAGAUUUAGGAGAAAUGUAACAAUAAGUAUUUUAUUUUAUUUCAUUAUCUAAGGCCGAUGAUUUAAUCUAUUAAAUGGAGGCUUAAUAAGCAGGACCAAAUAAGUAACUUCCUUAACAAUAAAAAAUCCAACAAUAAGAAGCUAAUUAGGAUUUAGAUGAUUUUGAAAAGAAAUUAUAGUAAUUGUGA